CCAAACCCAGCAAGGCCCUCUACUCUGAGACCACACAACGGAUUGGGAUUUAACGGCGUUAAACAGUUUUAACGGCCACCUCCCCGUUUCUCUCUCGUGUUUGUAGUAGCCUGGUCUAGUCUGUCUGGUUUUUAUUUUUCUUCCGUUUGUCCGGAGGAGAGAGAGCCCAAACAAAAUAAAUAAAUAAAGAAAAAAGCGGAUCCCUCUCUCUCUCUUUCUUUCUCUGGCGAGGGCAUGGAAUCUCGCCGGAGAAUUCCAUAGAUUCCGACGAGAUAAAGCUUCGGUGGAGCUGGAAAGAGGAAGAGGGAGACCAAACGUGUAGCUUGUGAGCAAAUUAAACCCAAAAAAAAAGAAGAAAAAGAAAAGAGAAGAGGAAGCAAGAGAAUGAAGGCAUAAAGAAAAAAAAAAAGAAAAAUGGUUAACGUGCAAUGCAGGGAAAAAGAGCAUCAAAGAAGCUUAAGAGGAUCUUACACGGCACAGAUGCCUAGAUGAUCCCUUCUCCAAUCCCCUUGCCUUAUGCCGUAAUUUAUUCGAUUUUUUAUAGUCUCUCCCUCCUCUUCCACCUUGUUUUAAAUUCCUCUCUCUCUCUCUCUCCCGUCUCUCCCAUCUCUCUCUGUGUUUCUUUGUCUGGUCUGUCUUCGAUAUCAUACUCCAAUUGCGAUUUCAACGUCUGUGUUUGGCUGUUCGUUCAUCCUCUGACCCAUUCCUUCUGCAGCUCAGCUCAGACUUUGAUUUCGUAUCAGCAAGUUCACAGCCUGAGUUUCGUCAUGCCAUCUGAGAUAAUGGACCUCAAUAGUUUGUCCUCCUCGUCAUUGUUCUCCGAGGAUGUAUCUUUUCCAAACGAGAGGCAGGUUGGGUUUUGGAAGUCAGAUAAUACGCCCGAUAAUCAUGCCAGUAAGAAGUCACUUGCGUCAUCAUCUCUAGAGAAGUGUCAGACAGUGAAGUCUUUGCACCAUCCCGAAUUUUUCUUAAUGCAAGACCAGAAAGUGCAUCCCAGCUUCAAUAGACAAGCAGUGGGAGCAGAGAGAGCCUUAAGUCAUUCCUUGAGUUUAUCGAGAUCCAUGAGCCAUGAUGUAGCAGCAAGAUCGAAUUUAAAUGUUGAGACAGCAUCUUAUAUUGGAGAAGUUGGUAAAGUCAAUAUGAUGGGAGCUCAGUAUGAGAGUAGCCUCUUCUCAAGUUCAUUGUCAGAGCUAUUUAGUAGGAAGUUAAGAUUAUCAUCGAACAAUACACUAUAUGGCCAUUCUGUUGAUACUGUUGCCUCCCACUAUGAUGAAGAUGAAGCUUUUGAAUCCCUUGAAGAAAUUGAGGCCCAAACCAUCGGAAACCUCCUCCCUAAUGACGAUGAAUUACUUUCAGGAGUUACUGAUGGGCUUGACUAUAAUGUCCAAAUCAGUUCUGGGGAUGAUAUGGAGGAGUUGGACCUUUUUAGCAGUGUUGGAGGGAUGGAUUUGGGAGAUGACGGUUUGUCAGCUGCUCUAAAGGAUUCUGAGUCUCCUGGAGGAGUUUCUAAUGGUUCAAUAGUUGGAGAACACCCUUAUGGUGAACACCCUUCUCGGACAUUGUUUGUGAGAAAUAUAAACAGUAACAUUGAAGAUUCUGAGUUGAGAACCCUGUUUGAGCAAUAUGGAGAUAUCCGCGCUCUUUACACAGCCUGCAAGCAUCGUGGUUUUGUUAUGAUAUCCUAUUAUGACAUUAGAGCAGCCCGGAAUGCGAUGAAAGCACUGCAGAACAGACCAUUGAGGCGCCGGAAGCUCGACAUACAUUACUCGAUUCCAAAGGACAACCCUUCUGAGAAGGAUGUUAAUCAGGGAACUCUGGUGGUUUUCAACCUGGAUUCUUCUGUUUCAAAUGAUGAACUACGCCAGGUUUUUGGUGUCUACGGAGAAAUCAAAGAGAUCCGUGAAACCCCAAACAGAAGUCAUCACAAAUUUAUUGAAUUUUAUGAUGUUAGAGCUGCAGACGCUGCUCUUAAUGCAUUAAACAGGAGUGAUAUUGCUGGGAAGCAAAUUAAGCUUGAGCCAAGCCGUCCUGGAGGUGCAAGACGAAGCUUGGGGGUGCAGUUAUCUCCAGAGUUGUUAGAGAAAGAUGAAUGUGGCCUUUAUUUGCAGCAGAGCAGCCCUCCUAACUGUGUCACCGGUUUUUCUGAGUUGUUAACAGGCCCAGUUCCGCAUGGACCAGUUACAUCCAGUUGCACAGAUAAUGGAACUAUCAUGGCUGUACACUCUGCAGUACAAGCUGCAUCCCUUGAAAACAUGUUCCACCAUGGGAUCUCUUCUAGUGUUCCUAACGGCUUAUCUUCUGUGAUGAGAGCUGAAUCAGUUGGCAAUCUGUCUGGCCCUACUGAGUCCACUCAUUCACCAGGCUCGCUGAAAUUUGACAUCCAUGGCACACCAGCCUUUCAUCCUCAUUCACUUCCGGAGUAUCAGGAUGGUUUAACUAAUGCUGUCAACUGCAGUUCACCGGGCACUGUAUCUGCAAGUAUCAAUGCCAGACCACAAGAAAGAAUUGAUAACAGGAACUUAACCAGAGUAAGCUCAAAUGGGCUUUCAAUUGAACUCAAUGAAAGCGUUUUUGGCUCUACUGGUAAUGUUAACUACCCUAUUCCUGGACAUCAUUAUGCAUGGAACAAUUCCUAUCACCCUCAGGCUCCAGGAAUGAUAUGGCCAAACUCACCAUCAUUUGUUAAUGGCCUUUCUUCAGCUCAUCCUAUUUCUGCAGCCCAUCCCUCAACGCGGGUUCAUGGACUUCCUAGAGCCCCAUCUCAUAUGUUAAACCCAGCUUUAGCCAUACAUAACCAUCAUGUAGGGUCAGCACCAGUGGUUAAUCCGUCUCUCUGGGACAGGCGACGUGCAUAUGCAGGGGAAUCCCCUGAGGCAUCUGGAUUUCAUCCUGGCUCUCUUGGGAAUAUGAGAAUGUCAAAUAACUCACCACAUUCAAUGGAAUUUGUUUCUCAUAACAUGUUUCCCCACCUUGGUGGAAACAGCAUGGACCUGCCAAUUUCCCACAAAAAUGUAGGACUCCAGACCCAUCAUCAGGGGUGCAUGAUGUUUCCUGGAAGAAGCCAGAUGAUUCCCGUUAUGAAUUCAUUUGAUCCGCCUACUGAACGUGCACGAAGUCGUAGAAAUGAAGGCAGUGUUAAUCAGGCUGACAAUAAGAAACAGUAUGAACUUGAUAUUGACCGCAUAAUGCGAGGGGAUGACAACCGAACAACACUUAUGAUAAAGAACAUUCCUAACAAGUAUACUUCAAAGAUGCUAUUGUCUGCCAUUGAUGAACGCCAUCGAGGAACUUAUGAUUUCAUUUAUCUACCAAUUGAUUUUAAGAACAAAUGCAAUGUGGGUUAUGCAUUCAUCAAUAUGACUGAUCCUAGGAUGAUCGUUCCAUUUUACCAGUCAUUCAAUGGGAAGAAAUGGGAGAAGUUCAAUAGUGAGAAGGUGGCAUCACUUGCAUAUGCCCGCAUUCAAGGAAAAGCUGCUCUGAUUGCACAUUUCCAGAAUUCAAGCUUGAUGAAUGAGGAUAAGCGAUGCCGUCCCAUUCUCUUCAAUACUGAUGGCCCAAAUGCUGGUGAUCAGGUGCCCUUCCCAAUGGGGGUUAAUGUUCGCACAAGACCUGGUAAAGCUCGAACAACCACCCAUGAGGAGAACCAUGUUGGAAGCCCACCAAGUUUCGGAGACGGGGAGCAUUCUUGCAAUGGAGAGACAACUACAGGUUCUGCUAAGCAGUCAGACUAAGCGCCGCUUAUUUUUUCCGGGCACUAACCUUAUAGUACAGAAGAUUCUAAUUUGCUUCCACCCUGAAUCUUUGGUGACGCAUAUUUAGGGUGGCUAAAGAGGGCCAAUGAAAGUCUCUUUCGGGGUUUCUUACAGACCUGUUUUAAACCUUAAGAGGAUGAAUGCGUAGCCAACGCUAAGCGAUUUUCCAGUUUUCUUUCACCAUUUUUCUUUUAAAUUCUGAAACAGUUAGGAGAAAAGACAAAAGACGAAAAGGAGCAUCAGCUGGAGCUUCAAAAUUUUGGAUGGUCGUAAGAGUAUUAUUUUAAGAGGCAAAGAAAAAGUAUUCUAGUGUAUAGGAGUUUCUGAGCAAUGAAGAGAUUCUACAAAUGCUCUCUUUUUUUUUUCUUCAUUUUGCAAAUUUUCUUUACCGGUUAUGUAUUAUUUAGUUAUUCGGAAGCCCAUUUGUAACUAUUAAGAUACAAGAGUUUUAAUUUUUUUUUUUUUUAAAAAAAAAAAAACUAAACUCAUUAUUCUUGUAUUGUCGACCCCUUAAUAAUCCUCA